AAAGGAACUUGUUCUAACUUGUUCCUGCUUUCUACUGCAGGGCCCAUGGAUCAGCCACUCCCUGAGGUGUUCUCUCCAUCAGCCUGCAUUGUGGAGUAUGGGAAAGCCUUGGACAUCAGCUACCUGCAGUACCUCUGGGAGGCCCAUACCAAUAUCCUCCGCUGCAUGAGGGACUGCUGCGUUUGGUCUGCUCUCUAUGACGGAGAGUCCCCUGACCCUGAGACUUUUCUCCAAAGCCUCUCAGAGGAAGGCAGUAGAAACUCAGCCUACCCUGUGUUGAGGUUCCAGCAUCCAUUUCCCAGUAAGAGAGCAUCUCAGCUGGCUCCAAGAAAAGAGAAGGGCCAGACAGAGCUGGAGUGGGAUGACAGUUAUGACACUGGAAUCUCCUCAGGGGCUGACGUGAACUCCCCCGAACCUUGCAAGGCUAUGGAGAACUCAGGCCCCCCAGCACCCAUCGAUCCCCCCAAACACAUCCAAGAGAUGAAGAAAAAUGCUAUUCUGCUCUUCAAAGGGUCCUACAUCGAAGAGUCAGACUUCCAGGAUGACGUGAUGGUGUACAGGUUGUGUGCUGAGAAGGACUGUGAGGACACCAGAAAUGCAGAGGAAGAGACUGGAAGGGCACCAGCUGAAGCCCAGACUAAGGAUCAGAGUGCCCCCAUAAGUAAUGGCCCCCUUCCCCGUCUCCAGCCAGAAACAGAUUCAAGGGAAGAACAUAACAGGGACAACUUAGACUUGUUUCAAACUGUGUCCAAAGAACUGACACAAGAGAAUGAGCCUAAAGUAGCAGCCCCAGAGUCAAACUUUGCCUUAACACCCCUUGUCUCUGAGGCAGAGCCCAACCCAGAGAGUGAAGAUUUCAUUGCCCAGUAUGACCAGAUCAUUAAAGAGCUGGAUUCUGGCUCGGAGAGCUUGAUUAAACAGAAUUCCCCCAACUCUGAUCCUUUGCUUCUCACAAAGGAAGGAGAGAGGAAGGAGGAAGGGAGCCAAGAAGAAAAGAAAGAUGAAGAGGAGGAGGGGAAGAAGGAACUAGAAGAGGAUGAGGAUGACUUUGACUCUUUCAUAGCAGAAACUCCUGCUGUAGAGGCCCUGCCUUCCCCAUUUGGGGCCAGAGAUGAGACUGCCUUUGCCAGUCACCACCAAGUGAGGACUCAGAGCACCCCAUUCACAGGUCCAUUCAUCAGUGUGGUCCUGUCAAAACUGGAGAACAUGCUGGAGAACUCUUUACAUGUUAAUUUGCUACUUAUUGGGAUCAUCACUCAGCUAGCCAGCUACCCCCAGCCACUCCUGCGUUCUUUUCUGCUCAACACCAAUAUGGUCUUCCAGCCAAGUGUACGCUCUCUCUAUCAGGUCCUUGCAUCUGUGAAAAACAAAAUUGAGCAGUUUGCUUCUAUGGAGAGAGAUUUCCCAGGACUCCUUAUACAAGCCCAGCAAUACCUGCUCUUCCGAGUGGACAUGAGUGAUAUGACGUCUGAGUCACUAACCAAAGAUCUCAUUCAGGACGCUUCCUGGACAGGAACUGGCAGGAACCUUUUGGACGGCCCCCCAAGGGUGCUUCAACCUUUCCUGACCAACAGAGCCAAGGUGGCUGGGGCACCCCCAGACCUGCCCCUGCCAGUGAGGAACACCAUGCUUGCCGCUGCCCUCUUCCCGGAGUUUCUGAAGGAGCUGGCAGCCUUGGCCCAGGAGCACUCCAUCCUGUGCUACAAGAUCCUGGGUGACUUUGAGGACUCCUGUUGUUAG